UCUAGCAGAGCAGCAUCAACAUCUCGUUGUAAGUGUUUUUUUCUUUGCUUAGUUGUGCAGCAUAAAGUGCAUUUGACCGAGCAUAAUCAUAUCGAAAGUGCAUCACCAGUGCAGGAGAACCAAUUUCUCUCGGUUGGUGUAAUGAUUCUGGUCGCGUUUCGAGUGCAAUCUCGAUCCAAGCAAAUGUAUCGCCUGUGUUGCAGUAGCAGUUAGUGAGACAACCAACCAAACCUUGCGUAUCGAUUCCGAAAGCAAUGCCUACGUUCUCGACGCUGAUUGGACCGCUGCUGCUGGCCGGAACGAUUCUUUUCGGUGGGUCCACCGCCGGGGUCCGGGCAGAUGAUGGCGGUUCCGGUCCACCGCCGGUCCCCGUGGAAAAGCUAUCGUUUUGCGACGAAGAUGUCGCGAAAGGCCGAGACAUUAGCGAUAGACUACUCUACGUCACCACGUUGGACGGUCGUCUUUCCGCGUUGGACCUAAUAAACGGAGGUAGCCUGCUUUGGAGCGUAGAGACCGGCCCGGGUGCACUGUUAUCUUCCAGUAUCCACCGGCUGGAGCUGACCAACAACGGCAAAUGGGUCCGUAUGAUUCCUUCGCUCAGUGGUGGCCUGUACAAGUUCGACGGCGACACCGUCGAGCCGAUCCCGUUCAGUGCGGAAGAUCUGCUGAACUCGUCGUUCAAAUUUUCCGACGAUUUAGUCAUUUCCGGAGGGAAGGAGACUCGAUCGUACGGCGUUUCGACCCGCACCGGGCAUGUGAUUUAUGAAUGUACAAUGCGCGGGUGUCGUAAUGCAACGGAAAUUCUGGAGGAGAACGUGAAGAAUGGGCCCCCGAGGGAAGGGGCGGAAACGGUGCUGCAGCAUGAUCCGCUACAGGACGAUGUGGUGGUCAUUCGUAGGCAGACGCAGACGGUUCGGGCGGUUGAAUCGAGAACCGGAAGUGAGCGGUGGAAUUUCAGCAUCGGACAUCACGAGUUGGAGAUGUUGAAAAAUGAGGAUUGCAGAGGAGGUGAAGCUAAGGAUUCGCUGGAUGCGGCAAUUUUGGAUUUGGAACUGAAGGUUGUGAUUCCGGAGGGGGUGAUUUGUGCUGUCCGGAAGACGGAACCGGGCGUGAUUGUUUGGCAGUACAAGUUUGAGCAUCCGAUUGUGAGUGCCUGGAGGGCUGGCGACAAGAAUGACAUAAUGAGCGUGGACUUGUUCCGCGGGGCGGAUUGGGUGUGGAAUGCGAAUGGGCAGUCGAUGGGAGGUGAUGACGGCGGGGGAAGCAAUAAUGGGAUGAUCAAUCCUUCGCUGUAUUUGGGGAUGCAUCAGAAACAGCUGUACAUUCAGGAGUCGACGGCGCUGAUGGUACGGCAGACAUUGAAUGCGCAGACGGUUCUGUUGACGGAUGAGGGUAAAUUUCCGUCCAUCCCUUGGAAGCCGUACCCUGCCAGGCCUAAGGUUAUGGGUUAUUUGACGGAUGGAAGCGAGCAGGACCGAGAUGCGGAAGAUUCGCAGUAUGCAGAAUCGACGGCGAUUGCUCGGUCGGUUCUGUACCAGUCGAACUAUGUCAAUGGAGAUGGAUUCUUCUUGUUCACCCCGGAAGAUUUGGACCGGAAGGAUCACGAACUGUGUUCGAAUAGUUCCACGACUCCGGCCAUUACGGAUGGUGGUUUGCAGAAUGAAAGUUCCAUUUUUGAUUUUGCGAUGGAUCCGGAUGCUCCGGUUAAGGUGAUCAUCAUUUCGAUUUGGUUCUGGUGGAAGGAGAUUCUGGUAAUAUCGGCGACAACGGCUUUCCUACUGAAUGUGAUGUUGCGAUUCAAGAGCGAGAAGGAAGUAGUGGUGUUCGUGGAACGACAGAUAGAGGUUCCGGUGCCGAUGGCCGUCGAAGCGACGGAGGAAGAAUUUGCACCCCUCGAAGCGGCAGCUCGGAACACCGGCGUUCGAAGUUUGUCGGAAUCGAAUAGUGAGAAUUUCGUUUCACGCUUUCAGGAGGACUUUGAGCUGGUGCAGUGUCUUGGAAAAGGUGGCUUCGGUGUGGUGUUUGAGGUGAAGAAUAAGCUAGACGAUUGUCAUUACGCAAUCAAGCGGGUGGUAUUGCCUAAUAAGCAGGAAUCGAAAGAUCGUGUUAUGCGAGAGGUCAGAACGCUGGCUCAUUGUGAGCACAGUAACAUAGUUCGAUACUUUCAUGCUUGGACUGAGACGCCACCUCCCGGGUGGCAGGAGAGCCAGGACAAGAUCUGGAUUCAACGGAAUUGCCUAUCGACUUCGAUCGAUAUCGAAACUCCAACGGAGAUAUCUCCGCCGAAUUCUAAGAUCAUUUUCACCAGUGACAGCAUUUCGCAGUACAACCACCCGAAACAUUCCAGUGGACAACAGCCCUGGUUGACGAAGCUUCCUGAACCAAGCUUCUCGUUAUCCCACACCGGAGGGAUAGAUCGGUCCAACAGUUGCUCUUUCAUCCAGUUCCAAGCCGAUCCGGGCAAAUCGCUUCGCAGCGAUACCGAUGAUGAUUCCUUUCAAAUCGAGUUUAAACAUGAUCCUGCAGAUACCACCGAUGCCGGUGGUGAUUCAAUGGACAUAGUAUUCAGAGAACCCUCACAGAAUGAGGCUUCCAACGGUCAUCAUGUGAUUUCGAUUAGCGAAACACCACAAAAGUCAGCCAUUGGACCAGCGCGAAGGUUCCGCCAUCGGAGACCAGUUUCGCUGGAUUUGAACAGUACCGGUAGUGUUAUUCGGACGAUCUCAACCAAAACUCAUAUGACGGAUGGUAUCAAUACGAGCGCCAAUUACGCCGCGGCCAGUACCGUCAACAGCAAGAUUUAUCUUUAUAUCCAGAUGCAACUGUGCCAAAAACAGUCCCUAAAGGAGUGGCUAACCUUGAAUGAUCUGUCCGCCCGGCAGAACAAGAUCAUUCCCAUCUUCGAACAGAUCGUGGACGCCGUGGAGUACGUUCACCUGAAGGGCUUGAUUCAUAGGGACCUGAAACCUAGCAAUAUCUUCUUCUCGCUCGAUGGUCGCAUCAAAAUCGGCGAUUUUGGACUGGUGACGGACUCGAGUGACUUGCAGUAUGACAAAGACAACAAUCUACCUGCGAUGGACAUAAUAGGAGCGAAGGACCGACACACCCGACAGGUCGGGACUCAACUGUACAUGUCCCCGGAGCAGCAGAAAGGACUGCCCUACAACUACAAGGUGGACAUCUACUCGCUGGGGCUGAUCCUGUUCGAGCUGCUGCUAAGCUUCGACACCGAGAUGGAGCGGAUCUGCACGCUGAAGGACGUACGAAAGAACAAGUUCCCACCCAAGUUCGCAGAGAGUUAUCCGGAUGAGUAUCAACUCUUAAAGAUCAUGCUUUCGACCCAGCCGAGCAAGCGGCCAACCACCUACGGCAUCAAGGCCCGUCCUCCACUAAAGCAAUGCCCGUCGACGAGCAAAUCAACUUCACAGCUGCAGCUGCACUCAAUUGCGCCGAUAGCAGCGGUGGAAGCGGAGGGUUCCGGUGACCAUUUCAGGAAGCCACUGAUCAGCGGAUCAGAUUCGUCCGAUAACAGCGAGUGGCACUUUGAACUACCUCCCAGGCGGAAGGAUAGUCGAUCAAUUUCCAACAAUGGCAGUUCUGGUUCCGGAAGCAGCCAGAACCAGAUCUUCUUCUAGAUGCGUGCAGGAAGCUCGUGUAGUAGGAAAGUGUAUUAAACGGAGGGAGAUGAUUGAAUUGUUAAGUUAUUGUGAACAAAAAUAAUGAAUUAUUAUUUAAAACCUACAGUUCUAGCAUUAAGCCAACCUGUUCCUUUCAAGUAG